UCUCCCCUCCGCUCCAGACUCUUGGCACGAAGCCCAUCGCCCACAUCGACCACUUCACUCCAGAGAUGCUCGGCACGGCGGAGCUGGCGGAGGAGGUCAGCCUGGACGGCUCCGGCAAGCUGGUGAAGAUCACAGGCUGCAGCAGCCCCGGGAAGACGGUGAGCAUCGUGGUCCGAGGCUCCAACAAGCUGGUGAUCGAGGAGGCGGAGCGCUCCAUCCACGACGCGCUGUGUGUCAUCCGCUGCCUGGUCAAGAAGAGGGCUCUGAUAGCCGGCGGCGGCGCUCCGGAGAUCGAGCUCGCCGUGCGUCUGGCAGAAUACUCGCGCACUCUGGCCGGCAUGGAGGCCUACUGCGUGCGGGCGUACGGCGACGCCCUCGAGGUGAUCCCCUCGACGCUGGCCGAGAACGCCGGCCUGAACCCCAUCUCCACUGUGACGGAGCUCCGCAACAGGCACGCUCAGGGAGACAAGAUGGCCGGCAUCAACGUCCGCAAGGUCAGCUCUCCCUCCAUCCCCCGUUACACGUUAAUGUUCACGAAGAAACAGAGCGAGGACGGAACAGAGAUCGUGUGUUAAUGCUGGAACGAACAG